AUUAGUAAUUAUGACAAGUAAAAGUUGCACCGUAAUUCAUCGCGCUUACAUUAGUCAAACCGGCCGCGUGCUACGUUGCCAGACCGAGCGCGCACGUAUUCUCAACAUCACGACAACGCGCCUCGGUCCCGUCCCGCGCCCCGCAGUUUCGCGGCGAACGCCGAACCAUUCGGACGUCAAACGCGUGACGGCGCUCAUUAGACGCGUUACUAACACAAAAUGGCGGGACAGCCGUGUUCAUCAAAGACCUUGUCUAGUGUUGUAAAUCAAGAAUUCCUAAAUAGAUCGUCCAACAUCGAAUCAGCUCGCUUCCUCAAACGAAUAAUGCAAAAAUCAGAAGAAGAGGGCAAAUCGAUUAAAACUUUCUCCAGCGAUCUUGAACGCGCUCAUUUUUAUACUGGACUUGACAGGAGAACAUUCUUUACACAAUAUACCAAUUUAAAAGCAACAGAGAUUAAGGAUAUCGAGCGAUCAUUGAUACAAGAACGCCUGAUUGCUUUCUAUAUGAACGCGUCCAGUCUAUCUCCAAGUCCAGAUACAGCUCCAACCACAAAGAAUCUAUUUGUAGCUUUGUACGGGAAGAUACCUCACUACGUAGAUAUUCGAAUGUUUCGCAAAUGCUUGGCCAAUCUUGGAUAUGUUUGGCUAAGAAUAUUUAAAGGAUACAUUGUCAUGGAAAGACCGAGCCUCACAUUUGAGAGGUAUUAUUAUCUGAAAGACAUUGUGCGAUAUCGCGAAGAAAACAGAGAAAUUUUCUACGUUGACGAAACAGUUAUGUCCAGCCUUAAUAACUACUACAGUUUUAAAGAAUUUAACAAAUUGAUGAACACAGCAGUAAAAGCAGACAUAGAGAUAAUCCAAAAAGGUUUGGUCAAAAAUAUCUAUGCUAUAUCGAAAUCUGGAGUUUACGCUUUAAAGACUAUUGAUGAUUUCACAACAAAUAACUUUGCAAAUUGGGUGAUAAAUGAAGUCAUCCCAAUCUUGCCUGAGAAAAGCGUUGUAAUAAUACACAAUUAUGAACAUCAUGACGAUGUUAUCAAAAAACCGACGUUAUUCAGUAUAAAAUCUGACAUAAUAGCAUGGCUUGAACGGAAUGAUGUGCCUCAUACUGAAGAAAUGUCAAAAUGUGAGCUCGUAGAUCUGAUUGAUACCUACACUUCGGAGUUUGAUGAAAUCAGUAAAAUUGAAAACUCCCUGAAGUUAAGAGGUCACGAAUUACUUAGACUUCCAGUCUGCAUUGAAGAUAUGACUCCCGCAAAACAUUUCUUCGAUUUAGUGAAGCUUAAUGCUCGUAGAGUGAAAGGUAAUCAAGAUGAAGUACUGAAGAAUAUAGCGGAUAGUGUAUCUCAGGAAACUUUUGAAAACUUCGAUAGGCAUGUAGCAGAUGCAGAACAAGACACAUUACAAGCAGAUAUAACGAUGGAUAGGAUUUUCGAUACUGUUGUGGCAGCAUUCCAGAAAGUACGUUUAAAGGACGCAGAAGAUUCUGAAGUACCACUUAGUGACAGUGAUUAAAAAAUU